UGUGCGCUCAGCGCUCGGGGCGCGCGGCAUGCAGGCGCUCAACAUCACCCCCGAGCAGUUCUCCGGGCUGCUGCGGGACCACAACCUGACGCGGGAGCAGUUCAUCGCCCGCUACCGCCUGCGCCCGCUCGUCUACACCCCGGAGCUGCCCGCGCGCGCCAAGGUGGCCUUGGCGCUCACGGGCGGGCUCAUCUUCGCGCUGGCGCUCUUUGGCAACGCGCUGGUGCUCUCGGUGGUGACCCGGAGCAAGGCCAUGCGCACCGUCACCAACAUCUUCAUCUGCUCGCUGGCCCUCAGCGACCUGCUCAUCGCCUUUUUCUGCAUCCCCGUCACCAUGCUGCAGAACAUCUCCGACCACUGGCUGGGGGGCGCCUUCAUCUGCAAGAUGGUGCCCUUUGUCCAGUGCACGGCCGUCGUGACAGAGAUCCUCACGCUGACCUGCAUCGCUGUAGAAAGGCAUCAGGGGCUGGUGCACCCGUUCAAGAUGAAGUGGCAGUACACCCAGCGCAGGGCCUUCAGCAUGCUUGGUGUGGUCUGGCUGGUGGCAGUCAUCGUGGGCUCGCCCAUGUGGCACGUGCAGCGCCUGGAGAUUAAGUAUGACUUCUUAUAUGAGAAAGAACAUGUCUGCUGCUUGGAGGAGUGGGCCAGCCCCACGCACCAGAAAAUCUACACGACCUUCAUCCUUGUCAUCCUCUUCCUCCUGCCUCUGAUGCUGAUGCUUAUUCUGUACAGUAAAAUUGGUUAUGAACUGUGGAUUAAGAAAAGAGUGGGUGAUGGCUCGGUGCUUCGAACAAUUCAUGGGAAGGAGAUGUCAAAAAUCGCCAGGAAGAAGAAGCGGGCUGUCAUUAUGAUGGUGACCGUGGUGGCUCUCUUUGCUGUGUGCUGGGCACCUUUUCACGCCGUCCACAUGAUGGUUGAAUACAGUAAUUUUGAAGAGGAAUAUGACGAUGUCACCAUCAAGAUGAUUUUUGCUAUAGUGCAAAUCAUCGGAUUUUCCAAUUCCAUCUGUAAUCCUAUUGUUUAUGCAUUUAUGAAUGAAAAUUUCAAGAAGAAUUUUUUAUCUGCCGUUUGUUACUGCUUGAUGAAAGAAACCUUCUCUCCAGUUCGUAGGCGUGGGAAUUCAGGAAUGACUCUGAUGCAAAAGAGAGCAGCAUUUUCCAAGCGAGAAAAUCAUGUAGAAGAGACCAAAGGAGAAGCGUUCAGUGAUGGCACAAUUGAAGUAAAGUUGUGUGAAAAAUCAGCAGAGAAAAAACGUCUCAAGCGACAUCUUACUCUGUUUAGUUCAGAACAGUCUGAGCAUUCUGCUUUAGGCAGCAGUGUGCAUUAGAUAUACCACUAUUUUCAUUAUUCAUGUCAUUCAUGUCUUAACUUGGAGAGAAAAUUAUUUUGUGCAAAGAACAAGUUUUUUUUAAAAAAAAUUCUUAGCAUGGUGAA